AUGGCACUCGACGUGCGUCAAGGGGCACCUGAUACAUUAAGCAACUUCAAUCCUCUGGAUGCUUUCGAGCAGGAGAAAGGAUUUCCUCGAUUUAUUCCUCGUGAUCUCAUUGAAAAUCACAUGUUCGUCGUCGAAUGCGCAGCUGGUGAACCGGAUUCAAAACAAUUCAAAAUGACAAGAGGGCACAUUCUGGUCACUGUGCCUGCCUUCAUGCACCCACCUCUCGAAUACGGUGACCACGUCAUUAGUGUCAAUGACGAAGUUUUGGAAAACAAAAUUCAUUUUUAUAUGAUCUUGAGAGAGCUUGCACGGAAAAACAAACAACAGAUGAUACGUUUUGUGGUGGAACGAGUUAUUGCCUCUGUUCAAGUGCCGAAGUCCGAUCCUUCUGUGCCAACGGACAUGAUUUCAUCACAGCAGUGCCAGUAUUUUAAAAACACCAUGAUCUUCUUCCCAAGAUCAUCAUUAGGAAUAAAUAUCAAAUCAGCUAACAAAAAAGUUUACGUGGAAAGUACCGACAACGGGUUCAACAGCAUAGCCAGGCGUGCAUUCUACAUUGGAGAUGCUCUUCUAGCAGUAAACGAUGAAAAAUGCACUUCUGUAAAAGAUGCCAGCAACUUGCUUCUGAAUUCACUCAAGACAAAAGGAAUCGCUCGCGUUAUAGUGGAGCGACCUGUGGAACCUGCCGCUAUUGCAUUCGUUCGGGCUGUGCUGCUCGUCAACAAAGCCAUGGUAAUGGACCCGAAAAUGCCUGACGACGUUGUGGCUCUAUGCAACAACGAACUCAAGCGAAUGCGACACGACCACAAAGAACCCAAGAAACACAUCCUUAUGCAAAGUAACAGGAAUACAGAAGAAUUUGAAUCACCGGGCAAACAAGAAAGCGGAAGAAACAUUACAAUAUCUGACACUUCUACAGAAGUCGGCAUAGGUAUGGAACUGCUCAAUCCUGCUUUAUUGGAGCACGUUCCAGACAAGAUAAAGAGUACCAAGAAAUCGAAGAAGAAACGAAGACAAUCCAAAGAAUCGAAGCAUAACUGGCUGACAUCACCUCGACGUGAACUCAUCGAAAUCUGGGCCAAUUUGGAUGUGAACUGUCGUUCCGCGCUUGAAGGUCUACCACGAGUGACCAUGGAAGACAGUUUAAGAAGAGAUUUUGCUAAUUUCUCUCAACAGUUGGCCGGAUAA